CAGCAGUAGUCUACUUUGUAAGGGCAGCUGCAGUAACUACAUAGGCCUACUACAAGUCAAAAGAAAAGAAUGUGAUUUGGAACUCAGCCAAUGUUUGAGGAGUCACUGCAGGUCGAUGCUGCUUCCUAUAGAGGACACUGUGGUUCUCACACACGAUGUCUCCUCCCAUGCCGACCGGCUCCAGUCUCCAGACUGCGUCUCGUCGCGUCUCCGUGAUCAACUUCCAACGCUAAUGUCACAGAAAGUGGCACAAACGGAUAUUUGCGUGCUGUAAUUCGCUGCGGGUGAAUUAAAGGCAGCGCAGACUGAUUUGGGCCAGUGGAUCUGCCUCUAUGUAUCCCGGUGUGUAGCCUAAUCUGUCAUGGAUCUGGUUUUCAUAAUAACUUAGCCGUGCUAGACCGGUUAAAAGAAUCUCUGUUUAUUAGGACAACAUUAAGAGGACAUGGAUGGGGCGGAUGCGAGCCAGCUGUCCGAGGAGGACCUGCUGAUGCUGGGGAAGGAGGAUCUGAUUCGGAGGCUGAGGCGGCUGGAGAGCCGCAACAUGGACCUGAUGCUGGAGCACGGGAACAUGAUGAAGGACGUGAACCGGAGCCUGCAGGUCCACCUCCGCGAGAUCCGGAGCCUGAAGGAGGUCAACCAGAGACUGCAGGACGAUAACCAAGAGCUCCGGGAGCUGUGCUGCUUCCUGGACGAUGACCGGCAGAAGGGGAGGAAGGUGUCCCGGGAGUGGCAGCGGUUCGGCCGCUACACGGCCAGCGUCCUGGGGAAAGAUGUCGCUCUGUACCAGCAGAGGCUGACCGAGCUGGAGAGCAGUCAGGAGGUGCUGCGGACGGAGAACAUGGAGCUGAAGGAAAUGGUCCUCAUGCUGGAUGAGGACAGGAGCGGUGCCGGCUCCCGGAGCUCCAUCGACAGCCAGUCCAGCCUGAGCAACCUGAACUGCCCCGUGCCGGUUCGGGACGUCGGGGAUGGGAGCAGCACAUCCAGCACUGGGAGCGCCGGCAGUCCUGACCACCACAACCACAACCACAACCACUUACACAAAGCAUCUGAGGGAAAGAUAGCAUCUCUGAGGAGGUCUGUGGACUUCCAGAGUGGAGAUGGGCUCAGUGAUGAAUUAGCCAGCUACGUCAGACAGCUGGAGAAUAAGAUGAGAAUGCUGGAAGAUGAAAACAACCAGCUGCUGUCUCAGACGAACGGAGGGGAAGCAAAGACACUGAGGAAGGGUUUGUCUUCUUAUCAUUUGGAAACCCAGCUCUCACAAUUCCAGGACAACAUGAACAACGGCGAUGCUCAAACCUCCAGCAGUGAGCCCUUCUCCACAGAGCUCUACCUCCCCCACCGGCUGAAACCAGAAGCUAUAGUCCACGCAAUGAAGGUGCUGGACGUCCAUGAGAAGCUGGACAGGCCGUGCUCACAGGAAUAUGAUGACGAUCUUAAUGACAAAGAGAAGGCCAUUGUUAGAGAGAUGUGUAACGUGGUUUGGAGAAAGCUGGGUGAUGCUGCAGGAUCCAAGCCUUCAAUCCAACAGCAGCUUUUAGGCAACCAGUUUAAAGGGCCUUUAUAGUUGUCAGACACCAAGUGAAGCCACCAAUGGUUCCAACAAUCCUACAUUACUAGUUUGAACUGGAAGCUUUUCAGCAGCGUGUUUGAAACUGAGUCAAAAUGGAUAUCCAGCUCAAUCAACCAGGACAUAAGUACUGAAAUGCCAAUGCCAGGAGACUGGCCGUCCAUUUGUAGCAGAUGGACACAACAUAGCCAAUCUCGUAAUCUGGGUCGCAGACGUAGACUCUAUGCAGCUUUUUUUUAAAGCCUUCGCCAUCAUGGAAGCAGAAAAUGUAAAUGUGAGAAAUGUGACCGAAGCCUGGUUGUAACGCUAACGCAAGCGGCAGCCACAUGGCUCAGUGUGACAGUCUGAGACACCGGCCAAUCAAGCAAAUACAACCAGAAACUCUCACUUGAAGCCUUAUUAUAUCCAUCCAUCCAUUCAUCCAUCCAUCCAUCUAUCCGCUUCUCUGGAGCCAGGUCACGAAGGCAGUAGGCUAGGCAAAGAAUUUCAGACAUCCCUCUCCCCUUCUACCAAUUAGUAGGGUUGGGCGUCGUUUGGAUUUUUAAGAUUCCAAUGCCAAACCGGUACUUUUAAAACGAUUCCGAUUCCUAAACCUAUACCGAUACCAACUGAAAAAUGACAUCAAAUAUGUAAUAUGUUUA